AUUAUAAAUAAUUAUCAAAAUGAAAGUUAUUAUUGUUUUGUGCGCUCUUCUGGUGGUGUCGACCAUCUGUUACGGCGCCGCCAUUCAGUCCGAUGUCUUUCCCGAAGGAGAUCUGGGAGUGAAUGAGAUCCAAAAGGACCAGGAAUGCAAUCGCGGAGUGACCACAAGUGGCGAUGGAUCCAGUGGUGAUAAUGGUGGAACUCAAAACAGUCAGGGAAGAAAUCGGGGCGCAAAUCGGGGUGCAAAUCGUGGCCGCAAUCAGUAAAACUGAUGACUAUUUAAUUCAUGUUUAUUGCUUUGAUUAAUUGUUAUUUCAUCUA